ACCGUUAUAAUAAUUUUGUUUAAAUUUUAUGUAAAAUAAAUUGGGUAUAAUGAAUUUUAAUACAAUAACAUUUUGUUUCAUAGAACUUAUUACAGCUGUCAAUGUAGAUUCAUUAUUAUGACGUACAGCGUACGUUCGUUUGUAUAUGUCACCGUAUGAUUGCGAACAUCGUUAGUUUAUAAUCGCGAUAUUAUAAACUGACGAAUAAUUGUGAACUGCAACCAACCAUUUAAAAUUUUACGUAUUAUUUCUCGAUAGUUUACAAUCUGUCAAUGUCGAAUCGUCAAAUUGCGAAAUAACAUGCAGGGUUCAUAAUAUGUCCGGUUUUAUCAUCCGUCAAAUUAUGAACCGGUCCUGAUUGGUGGGUCUUAGCGGUAGCUCGUUCUGCAUCCAUGGAGUUAAGAAACAAAAGUGAGAGGCAAGAAAAAAAAUUCACAAUUAAUUGUGUGAUAUCAGAUAUAAACGUUUUAUGUUAAUAGCUAUGUAUGUCCCGCGUAGUAGCAAAAUAAAAAAAUCAGCAGUAAAAAAUGUUCAUUUAUUGCAACAUGUCAGACAACUGUGAUUAGUGGCGGAUUUACAUACUUGGGGGCCCUUCGCACUUUGGCUUUUAAAGGCCCCUUGUCUGCAGUUAAAUACUAAAAUUUUUCAUUUCCACGUAAUGUAAAAUACAUUUAUUAACAUGGCCUUUUACAAUGGGAACUUUUGUAAAUUAAAUCGUAAUUACAUUUAUUCAAGCUACUAAACAUUAGAAAACACAUUAGCUGGAAGACUAUUGGUGGGAUUAUGAUAUGUGAAUUUUGUGGGAAUUUAUACAAGAAGCGAAUAUAUUUUCUCAGGCAUUUUUUUAUAAAUCAUAACGUGAAAUUGAAAUUUUAUCAAACAAAUAAACGUUGCACAAAAAGUGAACCAACUGAAGAGGUGAAAAAUGAAAUUGAAAUAACUGAACAUCAUUUAAAAGCAGAGUUGCAAGAUAAUAGUUUCUCUGAUUAUUUGCCUGGUGACACAGGUGAAAAACUAUUCAAAAGUAACAUUUCUCCAAAAAUUUUUAUACAAAAAUGCCAUUUGUUUGAACAUUCACGUAGUCACAGAGGAGAAAAGCCAUUUAAAUGUACCAUUUGUACAAAAACAUUUUCAAGGAGAUAUCAGUUACAUUCACAUUUACGUAGUCACACAGGAGAAAAACCAUUCAAAUGUGACAUUUGUUCAAAAACUUAUUUUCAUAAAAAAAGUUUGAAUAUACACUUCCGUAGACAUACUGAAGAAAAGCCAUUCAAAUGUGAAAUUUGCCCGGAAACUUUUUCUCAAAAAUACGAAUUGAAUUCGCAUUUUUAUAGCCAUACAGGUGAAAAGCCGUUCAAAUGUGAUAUUUGUUUGAAAACUUUUCUAUAUAAAAAGAGUUUGAAACAACAUUUGCGUAAACACACUGGAGAAAAGUCAUUCAAAUGUGACAUUUGUUUGAAAAAUUUCUCUUAUAAAAAUAACCUCAGUAAACAUUUACAUAUUCAUAACGGAGUAAAGCCAUUUAAAUGCGAUAUUUGUUCGAAAACUUUUUCACAGAAAUAUAAUUUAAAUACACAUUUGCAUACUCACAAUACAGAGAAACCAUUUAAAUGUGUCAUGUGCCCAAAAACUUUUUGUCGGAAUAGUGAAUUAAAUACACAUAUGCGUAGUCACUCUGGAGUAAAACCAUUCAAAUGUGAAAUUUGUUUCAAAACUUUUUCACGUAUGGAUGGUUUGAAAAUACAUUCUUUUACUCAUUCACGAGAAAAGCCAUUCAAAUGUGACAUUUGUUCGAAAACUUUUUCCCGAAACAGUGAUUUGAAUUCACAUUUUUAUAAUCACACAGGAGAAAAACCAUACAAAUGUGACAUCUGCUUGAAAUCUUUUACACAAAAAAAUAAUUUGAAUACCCAUAUGCGUAGUCACUCAGGAGAAAAGCCAUUCAAGUGUGAAAUUUGUUCAAAAACUUUUUUGCAUAAACAGAGUUUAGAUAUACAUUUGGGUAUACAUACCGGAGAAAAACCGUAUAAAUGUGACAUUUGUUCAAAAAAUUUUUUACGGAAAUUUAAUUUAAAUACACAUUUGCGUAGUCAGGUACACAGGAGAAAAGCCUUUCAAAUCUAAAAUUUGUUCAAAAUCACUUUUAAAUAAAUGCACAUUUGCAGUAUUACAGCAUCGUGUGUACCUAGAGGUUAUACACGUUCAGGCGUCUGCUAUUGAGAUUCAGACCGACUUACGACGCAUGCUGAGGUACACAAAAGUCAAAAGUGCGAUUUUUUUUCCUUUAGUAAUCCGUAAUCCUUUCAUAAUGGCCUGUUUAUCGAAUUGUUUAGCUUUAAAUUCCAUAUUACAAAAACAAAGGAUAAAAAUCAUGUUUGAACAAGUGGCAGAUCGCUUAUCUGUCUCGUCGAAACAAUUUCAAUUUAGUGAGCUCUUAUUUAAUGUUAAGUACACGUCACUUGAAGAAGGUGAGUAAUAACAAUUUUUGCAUUAAUCCUUUUUUCCCUUCUUCCUUCUUGUAUGGUAGGUUUAAAACCUGUUUCUUCUUCAGUUCCAGCCUCCUGGAUCCAGAUCGUCACACCAUCUCUUUCUCGGUCGACCAAUACCUCUUCUGUCUGUUGGCGAUUUAUCCCUUGCGAUACGCACUACUCUUUCGCAAGUCAAUUACAUUUUCUACCUUGCACCUAUUUCUUAUGUUUUCACUUCUUUCUCUGUCUAAAAGUGUUUUCCCUGCUAUUUUCCCGAGUACUUUCAUUUCCGUUGACUCUAGUAGUCUUUUUGUCUUAGUUGUAUCGGGUUUUGUCUCUGCUAUGUAUGUCAAUAUACGUCUAAUUGUUUUUUUUAUAUAUUCUGCUUUUUGUUUCUUUUGUAAGAUGUUUAUUUUUCCAAAUGGUGCUGUUGAGGCACCCUGCUACUUUAUUUGUUUUGACGACUUGCUGUCGCACCUCAUUCUCGACAUCUCCAUAGCUCGUUAUGUCUAAAUUUUAGUACCUGUUGUAUUACAUGACCAUCAAUUUCUAUUUUGCAACUUAUAGGUUCUAUUAGACGUUGUCGUGCAUUUUGUUUUCUCAGCAAAAAUGAUCAUAUUGUACUGUUUACCUACUGUGUUGAAGAUGUGUACUAGUCUCUGGAGAUCGUCCUCGGAUUCAGUGAACAGUACGGCAUCAUCCGCGUAGCAAAGUAUUUUAAGUUGUUUGUUACCCAUCUGGUACCCUGUCGUGAUUUUUUUAUAACUUCGUCCAUUAUUAUAUUGAAUAAAAGGGGGCUUAAUGAGUCACCUUGUGUGAUGCCGCUGUUUACAGGUACAGCAUUUGUCAACUUGUUAUUAAUUCUAGCUAGGACUUGGUUAUGGGAACUAUAUUUAUCGGGAUGUCUCUAUUAUAUAGCAGGUGUAUAACAUCUUCAAGUUGAAUGCUGUCAAACGCUUCCUGAAGGUCUAUGAUACACGGAUAUGUUGGUUUGUUAUAUUCUAUGUGUUUGUCUCAAUACAGCGUCCACGCAUGACCUUCCGGAUCUAAAGCCUUGUUGUUCUUCCGAUAAAGAUAUAAUUGCGUUAAUUUUGUUUGUUAUUACUUUUCAAAAUUGUGUCUAAUAGGUUUAUUUGGGCACUUUUCAUGUCCUUUUUUAAAAAUUGUACUAGUUCUUCUUCUGUCAGGUAUUUUGCAAGUGCGGUAUAAUUUUUUGUCUUUUUGUAGCUCGUUUGGUAUACCGUCUUGCCCGGUUGACUUCCUAUUUUUCAGAGCUUUAAGGGCUUUUUGUACUUCUUGCUGACUGAUAUAUAAUUCUUCUCUUAUUUGUGGUAUAUUAGUACGUUUACGGUUGUCAUUUCCUGUCAUUCUGUCAGAUGUCUUUCCCAUUCUUCUUGAGGUAUUUUGUUAGUUUCUGCAAAGUCUGGUAGAUUGAACAGAACCGGAAAACAAGAUAUAGAGUUUGAAAAAAUCGAGACUUUAUACUUAUGAAAAUUUAUCCCGGUGCAAUUUUGAAAUGGGACUACUGUAAAUAUAUGUAUCUGGUUUAAGUUGUGGAUGAAACUUUAAUAGAAAUUCUGGGAUGUAUCAAAAAUGCUUAUUAACAGAUUGAAACUAAUGUAAGUUAUAUACCUAUGGAUCAAAUCAUCAGUAAUGGAGGAAAGAAAACUCUACAACUUUCCAUAAUUUGUACCUAAUAUUAUAUAUGUUCUAGGAGGAGUUUUUAUGUUAAAAUAUUGUUAGUUUUAGAUGAAAUAAACGUAACUUUUUGAAAA